AGUUCGUCGUAUAAUCUUCUUCAUUGGAAGCUUGAAGUUGUACCGCUUAGGAUGGCAUGUGUGCAUGUCGAGUGCUUUGGCCAUUACAAGAAGUGGUGCCGCAGCCGCUGCAACUGCUGCGUCCACUGCCAUUCCACCCACGCCGCCGCUGACCCUUCCCGAGUCCACGAAUACGACCCCUCGAUUGCCCCGCUCCACAGGGUUCGCCACGUCCUCUCCGGAGCCUCGCUCGGCUCCUCCGCCGUCCCAUGCGCCGGCCUCCGCCUGCAGUACUCCUCCCUCACGCAGCGGGGCUACUACCCCGGCAGGCCGGACCGCGCCAACCAGGACAGCUUCUACGUGAAGACGCAAUUCCAGGGCAACCCGGACCUCCACUUCUUCGGCGUGUUCGACGGCCACGGCGACUUAGGCGCCCAGUGCUCCGCGUUCGUCCGCGACAGGCUCACGGACAUCUUGGCCGGUGACCCUCGCCUGUGGGAAAACACCACGGAAGCAUACCGCUCGGCCUUCGCCGCCACGAACAUGGCGCUCCACGACAGCGAGAUCGACGAUUCCUCGAGCGGCACCACCGCGAUCACAGUUCUCGUUCGGGGGGACACCCUCGUCGUGGCGAACGUGGGGGACUCGCGGGCGGUGGCAGGCGUUUGGGACGGAGAUCGCGUGGUGGCGGAGGACCUGUCGAGCGACCAUAAGCCGCUCCGGGAGGACGAGCGCGAGAGGUUGAGGCAGUACGGGGCGAUGGUGUCGGGGGAGGAGGAUCCCGACGAACGGAGCUGGAGCGACGAUGAGGAGACAUACAAACCCGACACACCGAGGCUGUGGGGGCGGGACUUCGGAUUGGCUUUAUCGAGGAGCUUCGGAGACUCGGACUUGGAGAGCGUCGGCUUGAUCGCUGUGCCGGAGCUGAAGGUGGUGAAACUAACCGCGAACCAUUCGUUCUUCGUGGUGGCCAGCGAUGGGGUCUUCGACUUCCUCUCAAGUCAAGCCGUGGUCGACAUGGUGUCCUGUUUCGCGGAUCCUCGGGAUGCCUGUUCUGCCAUUGCUGCCCGGUCUUACCAGUCGUGGUUACGGCAUGGACGACGGCAUGGACGACGGCUUGGACGAAGAACCGAUGAUAUCACCAUCAUCAUCGUGCAACUUAAAGAUUUGGCUGAGGGGGAUUCAACUACAUACCGAUGA